UUCUUCAAAAAUGGAUGCAUUAUCUUCAGAGACUAAUGAAGAAAAUGACAAUAUAGAGAGACCUGUUAGAAGACGACAUUCCUCAAUUUUGAAACCCCCAAGGAGUCCUCUUCGGGAUCUGAGAGAUGGGAAUGAAAUAGUUCAGGAACCCAGUGCUUUGAGGAAUAAGAAAAGCUCUCGUCGAGUUAGCUUUGCAGAUACUAUAAAGGUAUUCCAGACAGAAUCUCAUAAGAAAAUAGUGAGAAAGUCAGAAAUUGCAGAAACAGAAGCAAGAGAAAAUGUUCUAUUUAUGCAGAAUAAGAAUCCAGAAGAUAAUUACUGUGAGAUUACUGGAAUGAACACAUUGCUUUGUGCUCCCAUUCAGACCCAGAUGCAACAGAGAGAGAUUUCUGUUACAGAAGACAACCAUGAAAAGAAAUAUUCAAAUGACCAGACAGUCAUCUUUUCAGAUGAAAACCAGAUGGACCUAACAGCAAGUCAUACUGUGAUGAUUACCAAAGGCCUUUUAGAUAGUACAAAAAGUGAGAAUUCUACCAAGAUAGAUACUACAUCCUUCCUGGCUAACUUAAAGCUUCACACUGAGGAUUCAAGAAUGAAAAAAGAAUUAAAUUUUUCCAUGGAUCAAAACACUAAUUCAGAAAAGAAAAUAAAUUUCAAUGACUUCAUAAAAAGAUUGAAAACAGGGAAAUCUAAUGCUUCUAUAGGACCUGAUAAAGAAAAUUCUGAGAUAACUGUUCAUUCCAAAGAAUCAAAUAGGACCUCUUCUAUAUAUCAAAUGCAUGAAUCCCCUAAUGUUGAUGAAAAUAACAGUAAUGUGACUAGGAUCUUUAGAGAAGAAGAUGAUGGGAUGAAUUUUACCCAGUGUCAUACAGCCAAUAUUCAGAGUUUCGUUCCGACAUCCAGUGAGGCCAGCUUAAGGGAAUUUAAAAGUGAUGAUAUUACCGUUUAUGGUAGUGACUUGAUGGACUUGACAAGAAACCACACUAUACAGAUUUUACCCUCAGCAGAUAAUUUAUCUGAAAUAGAAAAUCAAACUCAGACUGUCAUGAUGGAUGUUACAACAGGUUAUAGAACCAGAGCUUCAGGGAAGAAGAGGAUCUUUGAGAAUAAACCAAAUGCUUCUUUUCAAGACACUUCCUUAGACCCUAAAGCUGAAAUACAUAUCACCAGAAGCAAUACUUCUGGGACAAAAACUCACAUGGUCACACAGACUUCUAAUCAAGAUAUCAAAACAUUGGCCAUGAUCCCAGAAUCUAUAUGUUCCAGUCCAUCAUUUCAAGAUUACAAGACAUUUUUGUAUUCUAGUUGUAAUAAUGCCAUGGAACUGACCAAGUGUCUGUCAAGUAUGAGAGAGGAAAAAAAUUUGCUGAAGCAUGACAGUAAUUAUGCCAAAAUGUAUCCUAAUCCAGAUGCAAGCUCUCUUCUCAUAGAGAAAACGAUUUAUUCAGGAGAGGAUAGCAUGGACAUUACCAAGAGUCACACAGUUGCAAUAGACAAUCAGAUUUUUAAACAAGAUCAAACAAAUGUACAGAUGACAGUCAUACCAAUAUCUGAAAAAGAAAUGAUGCUCCAAAAUCACGUAACCAUGUCAAAGGAAGAAAAAAUGAAUGUAAACUGUAGCUCAGUUCCUUGUGUAUCUAAGGAAAGAUUACAACAGGGCCUGGCAAAUCCUCUGUCUAUUUCAUUGACUGGUAAAAAGACUGUAAUCUUCACAGGUGAAGAUAAGGAUUUGAUUAAAAGUCACACAACUAAUUUAGGAAGUCAAGUUUCUCUUGCAUCUUACAAUCAAGCAUCUGAGGAUAUUAGUAAGUCUCACUCUGAUAGCAAUAGCCUUUUAAAUGAAUCGGAAAAAAUGACCAAAAGUCAUAUUGAACUAUCCCAACAAUCAAACAUGAUAUCUAAAAACAUCCUAACUGACACCUGGAGCAAAGAAAAAGAUCAAGUUUUGAAGAUUUCACCAUAUCUUGAUAAAGUUUCUCUUCAGUCAGUCAAUAUUAACCAGGACAACACAAAGUAUAAUAUAGUAUACUGUGACGGAGAUCUUAAUAAACAAGUAGCACUGGGGAAUAAUAGAAAUACCGUGUCAAGUGAGCAAUCUGUAUUUCCUACCACAAAACUAUUUUCAUCAGAAGGACAGUGUGCUACAGAAAAUCAUAAUACUGCUAUUGACAGUAAUAUAGUAAAAUCUAUACCAGGCCAGAAUUCUAAACUGCCCGAGGCACUGAGGAAAAGUUUAGGCAAUCCCAUCUUUGACUGCUCUCAUGACAAGAUAAUUCUUUGUUCAGAAGAGGAUCAAAAUAUGGAUCUAACCAAGAGUCACACUGUUGUCAUUGGAUUUGGUCCUUCUGAAGUACAAGACCUUGGUAAGACUAAUUUAGAAAACAGUAUCAGCCAACUAACCAUAAACAGACAUGAAGCUGUAAAAGUUGAAAAAUAUAAUAAAAUUCCUAUAGAAAAACCUGGAGUAUUCAUUUUUAAUGAUAUGGAUACAUUGGAGGACAGAAGUGUGCAGAUGCCUGGAUGUCUGAAUGAAAAACAAGAUGUCAAGAUUUGUGGAAGGAAAAGUAUUGACAGACUAAAAAUUGAUAAGACUGUUAUAUUUUCAGAGGGUGAUGAGAAUGAUAUGGAUAUCACCAAGAGCUAUACUUUGGAAAUAAAUCAUAGACCUUUAUUAGAUGAACAUGAUUCCCAUUUGUUGCCUUUGGCAGGAACUUCUAAAACUGUUUUGUAUGCGUGUGGGCAGGAUGACAUGGAGGUCACUAAAAGUCACACAACUGCCAUAGAAUAUGAAACUUUCUUACCAGAUGAAAUAACUACCAGGCCUGUGGACAAAACUGUAAUGUUUAUAGGUAAUCAUGAUGAACUGGAAAUGACAAAGUCCCACACUGUUUUCAUUGACUACCAAGCAAAAGAAAGAACUGUGCUUCCAGACAGACCUGACUUUAAACUAUCCAAAAGGAAAAGCCUAGGAAAACCAAAAGUGACUCCUCCAGGUGAAGAGAGUGUUUUCUUUACAGAGAAUGCUAAAAAUGACCAUUCAGCAGCAGAAGCCAGCCAGCUUACAUCAGAGAAACGGUCUAAUAGUGGUCCCAAAGAGAGAGCUGUAGCAUUUAUAACUGAUGAUAACAUGGAAGUGUCUACAUCAACCAUUUGGAAAAAUGGCAAAGAUGUACAAAAGCCUGGAUUUUUUAAUGAACCCCUGUCAGACAUAAGUCAAAGAAAGAAAAGCCUCAGACUCAAAAAUGACAAGCCCAUUACAUUUUCAAAUAAUGAUAAAAAUGACAUGGAUAUCAUCCAGAGUUGCACAGUGGAAAUAAAUAACAAAAGUUCCCUAGAAGAUAGAGAAGAGUCUCUUUUGGUGCCUUUAGCGAGAACUUCUAAAACUGUUUUUUAUACAUGUGGACAGGAUGACAUGGAGAUCACUAGAAGUCACACAACUGCCUUAGAGUGUAAAACUGUCUCACCAGUUAAAAUUACCACUAAGCCUAUGGAAAAUACUGUAAUGUUUGUCGAUAAUCACAGUGAUCUAGAAGUCACCAAGUCCCAUAAUGCUUUCAUUGAUUGUCAAGCCACAGAGAAAAUACUUCAGGAGUGCCCUAAGUUAGGAACAGCAAAAGGAAAAACCUUGGGUGUUUCUUUUCCUAAGGAUGGUAGCUCUGUUCAAGAAAUCACUGAAAAACAAGUACAGUCUGUAGGAAACAAAAUUGUUCUUCACACUGAGCAAAAGCGUCAUGUGAUAGCCUAUUCUAAUACAUUGUCUGGGGAUCAAGGCGAGAUAGAAAUUGUCAAAUUCCAUAGUACUGCUGUGGAUGAAAAUGUCAGGGGGAAAGUUUUAGACCAGGCCUAUACACUGGAAAAAGCCAAACUUAAAAGCUGCCACUUAAAUAGCACAGACAGAAGAAAUGUAGAUUUUGCAAAGAGUCAUGCACCUGCUAUUUGUGGAUCCAGCAAUAAUUAUUCCUGUUUACCAAAUGUUAUUACCUCUUUUGAUAAUUUAGAGGGGAAUGCCAUGUCCUUAUGUGAUGAAGAUGAGAAAGCCAAUAAUUGCCCAGUGCAAAAUGAUCUUGCUUAUACAAACAAUUUAGCCAGUGAAUAUUACUUGAAAUCGGAGGGGGUGCCUUUCUCUGCUGCUUGUUCUUUGUUAGAGAAGGAAAAAGUUAUUCAAACUAAUAUCAAAGGACAGUUAGACUGUGUCAUAACAGUACUCAAAGAUCAAGGUCUGAUUCAGGAGCCCCAAAAUCUAUUAGCUAACCAAACUUUAGUAUAUGGUCAAGAUUUGAAGAACAUGACCAAACUUGAUUCAAAGCAAGUAUCUGGUAAGCUUCCAGAGGAUCAAAUGGAGGACUUCAUUAAUAAUGCAGAACAUAGUUUAAAACAGGCCUUUGAUGGUGAUGUUCAUGUUGGUUCUCAGCCUCAUCUGUCUACCCAGUUACCUCCGUUGCCUCAACAAGGACAGAGUGUUGUUAAUAAAGAUGAAAGUAAGGAUUUAAAUAUUGUUAUAAGAAAUUCCUCUGUACCUACAUGUGAAAAUGAGUCCAUAAUGUUCAAUAAUGAGCAACAGUUUACUGUAGCCUGUGAAAAAGAACUGAAGAAAAAGAUCCAAACAGCUAAAUGUAAUAUAGCCAUAGGUUUCCACAGUAACUCAGACUUGACUAAGCAAGUUGUUCAAACUCAUGCCAAUCCUAAAAAAACAUCAGAUCCUGUAAUUUCAUCUAAUACUGCAAGUUUUAGUAGUGGCAAUCCAAGUCUGAAUAAUUUGAAUAAGAAAACUGAAGAAUUUUUGGAUUUACAAACUGUUCAUAUACCAUCUUUUCCAGAACAAUUACUUGAAUUAGUAAAUAAGGCAGAUAAUGAUAUGAGUAGAGUACAAGCUACAGAAAUAUGUAAUUUUAACACAGUGUCCAACAAUGUUGAAGAUGAUAGAGAGGAAGAAAAUAAAUUUUUUCAUUGUGGGUCUGAAACCAACUCUCUACUACUAAAGCCAUUUGUAAAAGAUAAAGUGAGGAGAUGUUCUUUGGGAAUAUUUUUGCCUAGAUUGCCAAACAAGAGAAAUUGUAGUGUCACUGGUAUUGAUGACCUGGAGCAGAUUCCGCCAGACACAACUGAUUUGAAUCACUUAGAAACUCACCUCGUCUCCAAUAAGGAUUUAGGCAUUGGAUUUAUUGCAGAUAAGCUGAACUUAAGUCCAUCUCAAUAUAUAAAUGAGGAAAAUCUUCCUAUAUAUCCUGGUGAGAUUAAUUCUUCAGACUCUAUUAGCAUAGAAACUGAGGAAAAAUCUUUGAUCGAGACAUACCAAAAAGAGAUUUCACCAUCUGAAGAUAAAAUGAAAGAAACCUGCAAUAGCCAAAAAAGAACCUGGGUACCAGAAGAUGAUGCUGAUAUUCAGAAUGAGAAAAAAAUCAGAAAAAGUGAGAUUAAGUUUAGUGAUACUGCACAAGAUCAAGAGAUUUUUGGGUACCAUACUGAAGGGGAUAGAGAUAAAAAUGCUAACAGUGUAUUGAUAAAAAGCCUGAGCAGGACCCCAUCUAGUUGCAGCAGUUCUCUGGAAUCAAUCAAGACUGAUGGAAUCUCUCUGGACUUCAGCACACAACGCAACAGUCAGAUGGAAUCACAGUUUCUCCCAGAUACUAUUUGUGAAGAGAGCUUGAAGGAGAAACUCAAAGAUGGGAGAAUAACAAUAAAGGAGUUCUUUAUACUUCUUCAAGUCCACAUUUUGAUACAAAAACCCCGACAGAGCACUCUCCCAGCCAAAUUUACUGUAAACACGCAGACUACUCCAGAAGAUCUGAUGUUAAAUCAAUAUGUUUACCGACCCAAGAUACAGAUUUAUAGAGAAGAUUGUGAAGCUCUUCGCCAAAAGAUUGAAGAAUUAAAGCUUUCUGCAUUGAACCAAGAUAAACUGUUGACUGAUGUAAAUGGGAACCUAUGGGAAAAAAUGAGACACUGCUCGGAUGAAGAGCUGAAGGCCUUCGGAAUUUACCUGAACAAAAUAAAAUCACAUUUUACCAAGAUGACUAAAGUCUUUACUCACCAAGGAAAAGUGGCUCUCUACAACAAACUGGUGCAGUCAGCUCAGAAUGAGAGGGAGAAACUUCAGGUAAGGAUAGAUGAGAUGGACAACAUACUUAAGAAGAUUGCCAGCUGUCUCACUGAGGUGAAAAUAGAAACUAAGAAUUUGGAGCAUGAAGAGGAAGACAAUUUCCUGGAAGAAUGGGAUUCUGAAAUGAGAACUGCAGAGAAAGAACUGGAACAGUUGAAAACUGAUGAAGAAGAGCUUCAAAGAAAUCUCUUAGAACUAGAAGUACAGAAAGAGCAAACCCUUGCUCAGAUAGACUUUGUACAAAAAGAAAUAAAUACAACUGAAGAGCUACUGGAUCAGUUGAGCCUGUCUGAGUGGGAUAUCAUUGAGUGGAGUGAUAAUCAAGCUGUAUUCACCUUUCUUUAUGAUUCAAUAGAACUCACCAUCACUUUCGGAGAGCCAGUAGAUGGUCUCCCUUUCCUGAACAAGGCUUAUAGGAGCAUUGUUGACCUGAAUUUUCAAUCUCUGUUAGAUGAGGAUAAAGCUCCUUCUUCCUCCCUUUUAGUUCAUAAGCUUAUUUUUCAGUACAUUGAGGAACAGGAAUCCUGGAAGAAGAAAUGUACAACACAGCAUCAGGUAUCCAAGAUGCUUCAAGAAAUCUCACUGAUAGUAAGCCAUUGCAGACUGCUUGGAGAAGAGAUUGAGUUUUUAAAGAGAUGGGGACCAAAUUAUAACCUAAUGAACACAGAUGUGAAUAAUACUGAAUUGAGGCUUUUAUUCUCCAGUUCUGCAGCAUUUGCGAAGUUUGAGAUAACUUUCUCUCUCUCGGCCCAUUAUCCAUCUGUACCGUUACCUUUCUCCAUUAAAAAUCACCUUGGAAACAUCAGCCAUGAUGAAAUUUCUGACCUUCUAUUUAAAGUGCCACUGGAGGACAACUACCUAAAGAACGCAGUCAAACGAAUUCACCGAGGUCUGCUUCAGGGCUGUGAUUUCUACCAGUAGACCCAUGGACCACAGCUAUAA